AUGACUGCUGCUUGGAAAUCUGCAGGUUUGACUUAUUCUACAUAUCUGGCAUUAACCUCUCGUCUUUUAAGAAAAGCUUUGAAACCAGAAUUGCAGACUGCUGCCGUUAAAGCCCGUUCCAAUACCGAAGCCAUGUUCACUGAAUAUUCUGAAAAGGGUACCCCAAAGGCUGAUCCAACCCCUCUACAACCUCAUCACUAA